GCAAUAAAAUAAGAGAUUAAACUUAAAAACGCUUUGAUAUUUGGUACCGCAAAGCUUAAAAAUAUGUGUGCUCGUCUUUUAGCGUGUCCUUUAUGUUCUCAGCCUGGUUUUCUAACUUUGGACGCUUUACGAGCAGGACUUGUAAGCGUUGCUACUAGACCUCUAAUGUGUCCAGUUUGUAAUGAAGUAUUAGUCGGUAUAGAUAAAUUGACUAUACAUCUAUUCGGACAUACCAUUAAUAUUAAUGAUAAUUCCAUACAAUUAUCGAAACCUAUUAAUAUUAACGUAGACAAUAACGAGAUCAGUAAUCCUAAUGUUCAAGUUAAAAGCAUCAUUCACAAUUGGAAUGUAUUACGCAAAGAACCUGUUGACACUGGUCAAGGAUUCAUUAAAAAGAAUAAAAGUAAAAAUUGUUGUGAUAUCGAUCACACAAUGCAAUCAUGUUGCACUAUUUCAAAUAGUAUUAAUAAAACGUCGACUAUGAAUUCGCUGACUAAAGUUCAAACCGAUGGGUCGUUUAAUAAGGGUUCCCAAAUUCUACAUAUAUCGGAGCAAAUUUAUCCUAAUACGAGUACAAACGAAUGUUUUUAUAGUAAAGAAAAUGAUAGAUUAUUUAUAGAAACGCAUGAUGAUUCUUCAACAGUUAUUAGCGAGUUGUCGAAACGAAAUUGCUUGGAAGAUUGUUACAAAGGUAACAAUGUACAAGAAGAAAAUUUACAACGGAGAGAAACUAACAAAUUGGAAGAUGUUUGGAUAGAAAAUUUGUCUCAACAAGUUUGUAAUCAACAUUCCACAACGAAAAGAGAUUCAUUGGGAGGAACUAAUGAAACUCGUGAUAUCGUCUUAAAGCAAACAGAAAUUAAUAACGAUGAUUAUAAUUUGAAAAAUAAUUUAAUCAUCAAUUUUCCAAAUGUUAUGACGAUGAAUGAUAAUGUUAAUGUUUUACCAUUAGAAAUUAAUAAUAAAGAACAUUCAAAUGAUCAUAAGAAUACAUUGAUUGAUUCUAUCAUUGAUGUUAAAUCAGAUCAGAAUGUAAAUGGUGAAAAAAUAAUAUCAAAUGUUAAGCUGUUAAAGGAAAAGACUGAAAGGUGUAAUAUAUGUGGAUUCCACUUUACAGAUAGUAAUAUUCUUCUUUUGCAUAAACAAUUAGUUCACAUGGUCGAUGAACAAAAUUUAAAUCCUACUAAUGAUAACUUGUUAAAAAGUUAUUCAUGCCAUUUGUGUUCAAAGGUUUUUAAAAUGCGCGGCAGUUUAAUGAUACACAUGAGAGUCGCACACAUCGGUCACAAUUGGGGUUUUUCAUCAAAGGACGGAGACACGUCGGUAGGAAUUAAUAACAAUGGAUACAAUUGUCCUACUUGUGGAAAAAAUUUUAAAAAAGAACAGCACGUUAUACAACAUUUGAAAACGCACGAAGGAAAACAAUGGGAAUGCGACGUCUGUAGUAAAAUGUUUACAACAAAGUAUUUUUUGAAAAAGCAUAAAAGAUUACAUUCGGGUGAGAUGCCAUAUAAAUGUAAUAUCUGCGACAAAACGUUUACUUUUCAACAAUCAUAUCAUAAACAUAGAUUGUAUCAUAAAGAUGACAAACCACAUAUGUGCUCUACUUGUGGUAGAUCUUUUAAAGAACUUUCUACGUUGCAUAAUCAUGAACGAAUUCAUACAGGAGAGAAACCUUUUGCCUGUGAAACUUGUGGAAAAUGUUUUCGACAACGUGUGUCUUAUCUAGUACACCGUAGAAUUCAUACAGGCGUUAUGCCUUACACUUGCACCAUGUGCGGAAAAAGUUUCAGAUACAAAGUGAGUCAACGAACGCAUAAAUGUCCGAUACAACCAUCCAAUUCUCAAUCUCAAUCGAACGAAAUAGUUCCAACCCUGACCCAAGAAAUUUGCAACGAAUCUAAUCAAUUGCAAGAAACUAAUUCUCCACAACAAAUAAAACAAAUACUGAAUGGUAUUAACGAUAAGGAUAACAAAUUCGUUCUUAUAAUAAAUGCUCAAGGCCAAACUGUUUUAACGAGAGAGUCGGAUCUACAAAGCGAACAAGAAGCUAAUUUUAUAAAAUUAAAAGAGGCGAAUAAAAAUUCAAGCGAAGAUGCAUGGAAUUCGGAGAAUUCCAAAAAUCUUGAUUCGGAAAGUUCUACCAAUAAUACGGAUAAAUUAUUGUCAAAUAACAGGAACAACGUACAAGAGCCUACAGAUUUUUUUUCCUUGGUAAUGUCACCAUUAGAAAACGAUUUAUCGUCGCCUACAUCUGGAAUGGAACAUUUGCGACUCUCUUCUCCGAUAUCAAAAGAUGUGUCGCAGUCUUUAUUCAGUAACUUUAGACAUCUUUCAGACACUAUAAACGAAAAUAUAAUUCAAGCGGUUGUAGAAGAAACAUAUACGACUGAUAAUAAUAUCAGGUGUUCCUUUGAAACAAUAAAUGAAGAGUCAUUGAAACAAUUACUUUAUAGUAUAGGUAAGAAAUAAAAUAUGAUAGAAAUGUCUUAGAAUUGAUAAUGUAAAUUACACUUUUUAAUUGUAGUUCAUUAAUAAACCAAAAUGUUAUUAAAUUAAUUAAAA